AUGUCCGCAUUUGCUCCUCGACCCGUCCCCGUAGCUCUAAUCGGUCUCGGCGGAGUAGGAAAAGCCAUUCUCUCUCAGUUGCUCUCUCCACCGCUCAACAGUCGGUUCAACCUCAUCCUCAUCGCCAACUCCCGACAAUCCAUCUCUCUCCCUCUUCCAGGCGGUCAAAUCACUCCUACCAACUAUCUCCCAAUUUUAGAACAACACGGUAUACCAUUAGAUAUCCAAUCGAUCUUGUCUCUCCUAUCUCCUAGUGAGACCUCCGGAGCAGGAAUCUUUAUCGAUUCCACCGGAUCAGAUUUGAUACCUUCCAUCUACCCUCAGAUACUCGGUAUGGGAAUUAACAUCGUUACUCCCAACAAGAAAGGUACCUCUUCAGCAUUAUCGUUAUAUAACGAUAUCAAAUCUAGGACUUACCCCAAUACUCCUACUUUGUAUUACGGUGAAUCGACUGUGGGAGCUGGUCUACCCAUCUUGUCCUCUCUGAAGGAUCUCGUAGAGACUGGAGAUGAGAUUUACAGGAUUGAAGGGGUCUUUUCGGGAACGCUCAGUUAUAUCUUCAAUGAGUUCUCCAAGGUCGAAGGUGGGGAUGUGAAAUUCUCAGAGGUUGUAAAGGUAGCAAAGAAUAAGGGAUAUACCGAACCCGACCCCCGAGAUGACCUCUCCGGAACAGACGUCGCCCGUAAACUCACAAUCCUCUCUCGACUGAUUCCCACUUCACCAGCACUCCCAGAAGGCUACGCAUCUGUACCUACCGAAUCUCUUGUUCCUCAAGUUUUGUCCAACGCUUCUACCAAGGAAGAGUACCUCGAGAGAUUAGCCGAAGGUGAUGAGUACUUCGAUAAAGUCCGAGAGGAAGCUAGGAAAGAAGGUAAAGUGGUUAGAUAUGUUGGAGUCAUCGAUCUGAAAGAAGGUAAAGUCGAAUGCAAACUUGGAAAAUACCCCACAGAUCACGCUUUCGCUACUGCCCUUAAAGGCUCAGAUAAUAUCAUCUCAUUCACUACUAAGAGAUACUCUCCCCGACCACUUAUCAUCCAAGGUGCAGGUGCAGGUGCCGAUGUGACAGCUAUGGGAGUGACGUCCGAUUUGCUUAAAAUCCACGAGAGACUCACCACCAGAUUCUAG